CUCAUUUUCCCAUUUACCCUUGCGCGCUUUACGUCGUUGUGCGUCAACUCCCCAGUCCCCCCACCAUCACCGUUCUACAGAGGAAGAAAGGGGGAGACGGGCUACCCAUACAGAACGCUUUCACACAAAUAUGAGCGGCAGCGGGCGGCCCAGGACCAGCUCAUUCGCUGAGCCUCCCGGAGCUCCCGGAUCCGCUGCAGCCGGUGCCGGAUCAGCAGUAGCCGGCGGAAGCUCGACAGGAAAAACUGGGGCUUCACAAGCCAGUGGGAGCAGCUCGACGAGCUUUGGGAAUUUGAAACUGCCCAGAGACAGCGGCAAAGUGACGACAGUGGUAGCCACACCGGGCCAGGGCCCCGAUCGCCCGCAAGAAGUGUCCUACACAGACAUAAAGGUUAUAGGAAAUGGCUCCUUUGGAGUGGUCUACCAGGCUCGCCUCAUCGACAGCCAAGAGAUGGUGGCAAUUAAGAAAGUUCUCCAAGACAAGAGGUUUAAGAAUAGGGAGCUGCAAAUAAUGAGAAAAUUGGACCACUGCAACAUUGUGAGGCUACGUUACUUCUUCUACUCCAGCGGGGAGAAGAAAGAUGAGGUGUAUUUGAAUCUGGUGCUGGACUACGUUCCCGAAACAGUGUACAGGGUCGCUCGGCACUUCAACAAGGCCAAGACCACCAUCCCUAUCAUCUAUGUUAAGGUGUACAUGUACCAGCUGUUCCGCAGUCUGGCUUAUAUCCAUUCCCAGGGUGUGUGUCACAGAGACAUCAAGCCGCAGAACCUCCUGGUUGACCCUGAGACGGCCAUCCUCAAACUAUGUGACUUUGGCAGUGCAAAGCAGCUAGUUCGGGGGGAGCCAAAUGUGUCCUAUAUCUGCUCUCGGUACUACCGUGCCCCCGAGCUCAUCUUUGGUGCCACCGACUACACGUCCAACAUCGACAUCUGGUCAGCCGGCUGCGUGCUGGCUGAGCUGCUGCUGGGCCAGCCCAUCUUCCCUGGGGACAGCGGUGUGGACCAGCUAGUAGAGAUCAUCAAGGUCCUGGGGACACCAACGAGGGAGCAGAUCAGGGAGAUGAACCCAAACUACACAGAGUUCAAAUUCCCACAGAUUAAAGCACACCCUUGGACAAAGGUGUUUAAGCCUCGCACCCCACCAGAGGCGAUCGCCCUCUGCUCUCGGCUGCUGGAGUACACGCCGGUGACCAGGCUGUCUCCCCUGGAGGCAUGUGCGCACGCCUUCUUCGACGAGCUGCGUCAGCCCAACACCCGCCUGCCCAGCGGACGAGAACUGCCGCUCCUCUUCAACUUCAGUCCUGUCGAGCUGUCUAUCCAGCCCCAGUUGAACUCCACACUCAUUCCUCCUCACGCUCGUGCACAGACAUCGCCUGCCUCACAUGAGGGCAGUGUGUCAGACAGUUCCGCCCAGCCCAGCUCAGCACCUGGAUCCAUCAACAACAGCACCUGAGCAUCUAUCCCUCUGUCAUCCUUUUUUUUUUGUCUUCCCCGUUUUUCCUUUUCUCUCCUCUGCUCUUAUCUCCUCUCAACCCUCCUCCUGGGCUCCAAACCCCCUUUUUAAGAUAGAAAAGGAAACAACAGUACACACUUACACCAACACACACACCCCACAUAGAUACCCAGUUUAUAUAUUUUCCCCUGAAUUUGUAACCACUUCUAGUAAAGAAGUGAUUUCUGCUCCAGGAAUCUUCAGGAAGGUUUGGGGUUGUUUUUAAGGAUGUUGAGGAAGCCACACUUGGGCCUAAUGUAAGCUGCAGUUGGAAUGGGAUGGUGUCUGUUGUCUGGCCUGUUAGAUAAAGACACUUUUCAUUGGUUGGGUUGGAUGUUUGGGAGGAGGAGUGCUACAUGUUUUGUGGAUUUUCUGUAUUAUUAUUAUCUACAGUGACUUUUAUCCCUUUUAUGUUAAUUUUAUUUGCAUUAGCUAAUUUUAUGUGUGGCCGUGGUGCCAUUGAGAGGGGUCCUGAUUGGGUGUAUGUAAGGCCUGAUUAUUAUUGACAAUCAUCCUUUUAGUAGGGUCACAAACGGCACACACUGACUGUACUGUUUGAUCGUCCUACACACUGUGGAUUCGUGACUCUUGUGUCACUUUCUACCCUGAACUCUACUCUGGUAUUGUCAGCCUACCCUGCCCAAUGGUUAACAAACGUCAAGAGUUAUUUUAAAUCUCUGUUUGACACAUGACAGAAACUUUUGGCUGCUUUUGUCCAUGUCAUUUUAGAUGAGAGGUGGUUUUAAAUGAUGUUACUAAAGGGGGCACCACAGCCUGUCUUUACAGUUUAUUUUGGAUUAUCAGCUCCUGAAAUGCUUUUAAUGUGACUGAGAGGAGCAGAGUCUUCAGUUCCUUCAGUAUAAGCUCAUGUUGUCUUUGGUUAAGCUGGAAACCCAAGAGUUUCAUUUUAAUUUUUAAGUGAUAUUGCACAUUUUCAAAGGGAGUAGAGGGGAAGCAAAGGGGCUUGUAAAGUGUACUGUCCAGCUGCAUAGCUUUACACGGAGGGAGCCAUCAGUGAGGGGCUCCGGGUGCAUCUAAAAACACAGCUGCCUCACACUGUAAGGCGAAUAGUCCCCCUCAUUAAUUAUGUCACUUUACGGUGUGAUCUCUUAUAUCAGAUCGAUUAUGAUGAAGUGUGACUUCAGGUGCAGAGGCUGCAGCCAGACGACAGCUCGCCUGGCUCGUCAUUGUCAUUUCAGCAAGUGUUCACAGUCAUUGUUCGUGCGAGGAGAGGACUUUCGAAUGAAAUGUGUUCAAUCCCUCUUCGCCCCCCUCCGAGACAGACAGCCUGUGACCCUCAUAUCAUGUUCUUCUUGUCCUGUGAUGAUGGAAGGAGCUGAUCUUGAAUGAUUUUCGCACCCUGACAGUCCUCUGUCAGCAUGGACUUGUUUUCUUUCUUCCACCACGUUAAUGUGCAUGUUUAGCCCAAGUCGACCACACUAUAUGACUUCCACUAAUCUCAGUAAUAAUCUGACCAGAGACGAUGCUCAGACCCCUGAAAACCCGACAGUCUAUGGAGCCUCCCCCUUCCAUUCCCUUUUCUCCUCCCCCCUCAUGCCUUCUGCUUCCCUCUGUUCCUCCUCCUUUUUUUCACUGCUAAACUGUAAAUAUCAAGUACCUUUUAUUUUAUUUUGUUAUUUUUGUUAUUAUUGUUAUUAUAUUGUUGUUCUUGUAAUUUUUUUUUUUCUCUAGUAGACCGGCGCAGCAGCGGCCGGACUGUUUAUCCUCAGUCGCAGUCUGUAAAUACAAUUUCAUUUCAGUCCCUGGUUCAGGAGGGGAAAAAACAGAACAAAAUGUUUCAUUUUUAUUCUCUCUCCCUCCAUUUCUCUCUUCAAGACUUUCCCUUUUCUCUCAUCAAUGUUGUCAUAACUGUUUUAUUUAUUGUAUUGUGUUUUUUUCGGGAGGGGCGGGGGAUCUUUACUUUUCCACGGGGUGGUAAAAUUGGGGGUAUGUUUUUUUGGUUUUUUAUUUGUUUUAAAUUCCAAAUUUCAGUCCAGCAAUGUCCCAUGCAAAAUGAUUUCACAUCCAAGAUACUGUACUCAUGUCCAGAUGUUAAUGUGUGUUUUCCAAUCAGUGGCUGUGUGUGUGUGUAGAUACACAUGCUAGCCAACAGGUGGAACUCCGGGUUUCCAUUUAACUUCAAUGUGAAGGGAAUGUUACAAGCCUCUGGAUUGAUGGGGUUGUGGUUUAGGGAGGGAGCACAGAUCACCCUGUAUGUCUGUGUUUGUUUGAGUGUGUGUGUAUGCGUGUGUAUGUGUGUGUGUGGAGGAAAGAGGAAACAAUGAAUCUGUCCAUUGACAUGUCUCAUCUCCUGUGUCCGACCGUCUCCUGUCCUCUCUGUCUGUGCGUAGUGUGACUGUAACAGGUCUCACCUGUUAGUACAGCGUGUUUGCUUCCCAGAUCCUUGGGGAUUUUCCCGAGCACAGCUGCAGGGAAUGUUUGUGUGCGCGUGUAUGUGUGUAUGUGUGUAUGUGUGUGCCAGCAGAACGUGGACAUUAUCCUCCUGACUCUCUCCUCAAUGAAGAGCUGACUAAAUGUGCUAUUUUAAUGUUUCUGUUUUUCCAUCAUCUGAUCUGUCACACUUUUUUUUUAAUUUGCUGUGACCCUGCUCUUUUAUCGCCCUAUCUGAGGGAAACCUGACAUUGUUGGGGAACAGAACGGUUGGAUAAAGGAGAUGAUGAUGAAGAGAGAGAGGGAUGGAGGGGGAGAGACAGUUUUUGUUUGUUGGUAUAAAUAAUUAAACUCAUUAAUAAAGUGAUGAAACUGU